AUGGCUGGUUCAAGGAAACUAACGACAGCUUAUCCUUACUAUUCUCCUCCUCCACCCUCACCACCACCACCAACACCCGCAUGUCCUCCUCCACCACCUCCGCCACCCCCACCAUCACCACCGCCUCCUGCAUGUCCUCCACCACCACCACCUCCGGUUCCAUGUCCUCCACCACCACCACCACCUCAGGUUCCAUGUCCUCCUCCUCCAAAGCACGGUCAUCAUCAUCAUCAUAAGACACCGCCAUCUCCAACUCCUGAAACACCAGCUUACCCUCCGGCCACACCACCAAAACCAUCACAUGGACCGGCUAGUCCACCUAAAGGACCCAAACCGCCAACACCCAGUGGGCCAGCUAGUCCUCCUGGUCCUGAGAAACCAAAACCUCCUGCAUACGGGCCAGCUAGCCCACCCAAAGGACCAAAACCACCGACACCGUAUGGGCCAGCUAGCCCACCUAAAGGACCCAAACCACCAACGCCGUAUGGGCCAGCCAGCCCACCUAAAGGACCAAAACCACCAACACCAUACGGGCCAGCUAGCCCACCCAAGGGACCGAAGCCACCCACACCUGGCGGUCCGGCUAGCCCACCGAAAGGACCAAAACCACCAACUCCCGGUGGUCCGAGUAAACCACCAAAGCCAAGUACUCCCACCUGGCCUCCAAAUGCACAACCUCCUCUACCUUCAUAUCCACCCUUCGCCAGCCCACCGCAGCCUUACAAUGCUGUCCCACCGUCCGGAAACAUCCUAACACCACCAACACCACCAAAGGGCAGCGGCAGCGACCACACCGUCGUCAUUGCAGUGUGUGCAUCGCUGGGUGGUGUGUUUUUCCUAGCAUUCUUGGCCGCCGGACUCUUCUGUUUGGCAAAGAGAAAGAAGAAGCCGAUCUUGGUUCCGGCUGCAGCUCCAUAUGGUCAUGGCGGCGGCGAAGGACACGGUCAUGAAGGCGGAGGCGGCGGCGCUGGUGGUCACGGUGGAGAGCACUCAAGCUACGGUCAACACUAG